CUAAUUUAUAUACUUACACAUGCUCAUCAUCAUUUUUCGAUCUUUCAGUCAUAACACAAAGCAAGAAGAGAUCUUGAAACACAUUGCAACUUUCGCAACAUGUUUUAAUUUUUGACUAGUAGUAGGUUCAUAGAGAUAACUUAGCACAAAAAUAGAAGCGUCUAUACAUUUUCCUUUUAACAUAAAGAUAAAUAUGCGCAAAGGUCGCAGAUUAACGAUUAGCCGGAGCGAGCGGUUUCUAUGGGAUCAUCAUCAGUCCAGUGACCGUCACAUGGAUGGAGAAGCCUCCGUCGAGAUGGAACUCAUGGAAGAGGAUGUCUGGUCGGUGAUGGAGGCUCAUGAACAACCAAACGCAUGGACCAUACGCUCCCCCAAAACGACCGGCGGUGAACGGAGACAGAACGGGGGCGGCAUGGGUGGCCUGGCCGAUAACAAUGAUGGACGGAGGAAGAAACACGUGGCGAGCUCUGCGCCGGUGAAAGUGCCUGACUGUAGCGAGAUCUUAAAGGAAAAGGAGUCUAUCGAGUCAUUACAUAACGACAAUGCUGCUGAGGUGGGUCAUGGUGAGAUGGUGCCGCCUCAUGAAUACGUGGCGCGUAGCCGUAACGGUGACGGUAGCUCAUCGAUGUUUUUAGGCGUGGGGAGGACGUUAAAAGGAAGAGACAUGAGACGCGUUAGAGACGCCGUGUGGAGCCAGACCGGGUUUGAUGGUUAAGUUAGGUACUUAAUUUAAUUACUAAUAUAUAUAAAUAUAUUUGUACAUAGACUUGGAGUAAUUAAGCACCAUACAAUAAUGUCAUCAUCAUGUUAUGGAUUAUUUCCGUGGAAAUAUCAAAACCGUUAAUGACGGCAGGAAAAAAAAAAACAAAUAUUUUUCUUACACAAACAAAACUUGUGAGAUCGAGCAAACCACAUUGUCCCCAUCGUGCUUCUUCUUCCUCUAACCUAGAACACAAGAAAUUCAGAAAAAAAAAAAAAAAAAAACCCCUAAUAUGGGUUGCUUCAGCAGCAAACA